UCACAAGUCUCCACUCUACCUGACUGUUAAUUCACCAGGCCACACCUGAUUGCCUAAGCCACGCCCCCUACACUAUAAAAGCCUGCACCCAAGCCUUUGUUCCUCCUUUUCCCUCCAAACCUGCCAUGUGCCAGUGACUCCCUUUGUUGAAAUGUUUGUAUCAUGUUGUUUUGAACUAUUACCUGGAGUGGAUGCAUUAUUGAUGUAAGUAACGCCUUAUUUCUAUAUUAUCUUUAUCAGUGUUAUGCUACAUUGUUUAUUUAGAUAUUUAAUAUCUCCCUUUUUGUCCCUUUUUGUUUGAUAGUACAAAUCAUCCACAUCCGAACUCAGUCCUUUGUCUGCACUGAGCUGAUCCUUCUGUUGAUAAUAAACCUUUGAAACCUGCCCUGGACCCGGCGUGUUUGACUUCACACCACACAUUGUUCAGUGAACUAGCAUCAGGAGAAAACAGACUUUUUACAUGGUCCUUCGAGCCGGAGUGAACAUUGAUGCUGGACAAUGGAUCCAAAUGCAGGUUCUCAAGAGGAUGAGUCUCAGAGCAGAAGGCCACAGCGAGAGCGGGUACCUCCGAGGUAUCUGCAGGACUACCAAACUGAACUUUAUGGCCAGCCAACUAGGCAAUCAAGAGACUCUGCAGAUCCAGAGACCGUUAUACUGAGGCAGGAAUUGGCACAGUUAAAGGGAGUAGUAAAGCAAUUGACGGACAGAGUCGAACAGUAUGAACGUGGCUACUCUGAAGCAGAUUCAGAUGAAGACUGUGAUACCCAGCCCCACAAUGCCCAGUAUGAACGUAACCCACCAUUGAAAACUCACACAGAGAACCAGUGUGAGAAGUCCCGAUCCGAACCAAACCUGACCGAACCAGUAUCCGCUUUGAAUCCUGGAAAAAUCUCCCAGUCAGCCCAAACCUUAUUUCCCUGGAUUCACGGGCCCUCCCCCUAUGCAGAAUGUGAGCAUAAACGGCCUACCUCAGUCCCCUGUGAAAGACUUUGUCCAGAGUUGCAGCGUCAGGCACCAUCUCCAUCACCUCCAGUUGCAUCUGUUCAGGUGACAUCAAACCCAGCACCUGCCUCACACUGGCCCCAAGGUAAAGCCUCAUCAGUAUCCACCUAUGUACCUAUGUAGCUCAGUUCAGCCCUCACAGAUUACUACUGGUCCCAUUCCUGUAUUCCAACCCACCUUUUCUGCACCAGUACACAUACCAACGCAUGUACCACCGGCCUCCUCAUCGCAUGCUUCUUCCUAUAUGAUGUACCCCCCAGUGCUAUCCAAUGUGGCUAGCACAGCAGCAGCAACCUACGGCCCUCACAGUCAGCUCCCAUCUGCUCAAGAAGCUCACCUCCCAGCCUAUGCAAUGCAACCUCCUCGCCUCCCUACCCCUCAGACCCAGUCGGCCUAUUCACAGCCAUCAUCCUACCAUCCCAACACUGCAGCUUUAUACCAGCCUCAACUAUUACCUUCUCUGCCUUCACAGCAGCACCAACCCCACUUCUCUGUACUCCAGCCCCCUUCUGUUUCAUAUGCUCUACAGCCCUCUGGACCCCCUCCAAAUCCAGACUUCUCUCUACCUGUAGUCCCAGUGCAGCAAAUCCCAAACCCUAGAUUUCCAUCACGCAUUGAGGGACCCUCAUUCCCAUAUUUCACCCAUAGUGACCCUCAUGAAUUUGUAAUGUUAAAGAUGGCUUUCUCCAACCUUCUCCCAGCAGAUGAACCUGAGCUGUACAAAUAUCACAUCCUACUGGACCAUCUACGCCUCCCAUCUGCCCGUUAUAUUGCACUAUCCUAUGCCCAUGACCGACAGCCCUUCACUAUGGCGCUAGCAGCCGUAGAGCACCAAUAUGGUCAACCUCACCAAUUAGCCCUGAAAGAAAUACAGUGUAUUUUAAACCUCCCUAGAGUAGGCCGAGGAGAUGCAGAAGGGUUUCAAGCCUUUGCAGUUAGAGUGAGAUCCUUAGUGGGCAUGCUACAAUCGCUGAACUCACCGGAAGGAGCUGCAAAACUCGCCUGUUCUUCACAUGUUCAGCGAUUGUUGGGUAAACUCCCGGUGGAUUUAGUGGCUAAUUAUGCCAGACAUGCCCGUUCAACCUCCCCUUACGUUCAUUAUAACCUGGUUGCCUUUUCUGCAUGGUUGGAGGGAGAAGCAGAAUGUCAGGCAGUCAUAACUCAGACCAACAGUCUUCAACUUGAUGUACCCCCGGUUCAAAGGAGAGAACCGGCCCCCAGAUACAGGCCUCCGUCUACCACCAUUCUCUAUGGAGCUGAACGUGUAUUGCCACAUGCACGCACUGUACCUGGAUAUCAGCGACAACAUCAAACAAGGUACCCAUGUACAUACUGUAAUUCAACCUCCCACUACCUGACACACUGUAACAGUUUAAAGGACUUAAGUACCGAUAAAGUCAUGGAAUGGUUAAAUGAUCACAGAAGAUGCUGGAGAUGCGGCAGAAACCACAGAGCAAUAGAUUGUACACUAAGAAAACCUUGUCCUAAAUGUAAUGGCCAGCACCUAGGCAUAUUCCAUGAUGUUAACAAAGCCCAAACAGCAUCCAGAGUUUUUUACCUAAACCCACAAAGCAUGUCACCCAAAGUACUACUGAAAGUGGUGAAAGUAAGACUUAUCAACAAGAACAAGAUCUUCGACACCUACGCCAUCUUAGACGAUGGCUCAGAACGUACCAUGCUGUUGCGAGGUGCUGCAGAGUAUCUUGGUCUUAGAGGGGAGCCAGAGAAACUGGAGCUGCGCACAGUCAGACAGCAGACAGAGACACUGAAUGGUAGGAAUGUGAACCUGAAGCUCUCUGCUGCCUCCUGCCCUGAGAGGGAAUUCUCAAUGGACAGUGUUUUCACCUCUGACAACAUCUCAUUCGUCGAGCAAAGCUAUCCAGUUGACAAACUUAAACAGCGUUACCAACAUCUGCAAGGCCUGCCAUUAACCCCCUUCUCCAAGGUUCAACCUCACAUCCUCAUAGGAUCUGACAACCCAUUCCUCAUUACACCCAUAGAAAGAGUCCAUCACGGUCCAAAGGGAGCACCAGCAGCAGUGAAGACGAGGCUUGGAUGGGCUCUACAGGGGCCUACUUCUCUUGGUGAGUCAUCAGAACCUACCCAAUGUCUGUUUACCUUACAAGCCAGCCCCUACACUGAUCUGAAACAACAUGUAGAAAAGUUGUGGCAAGUUGACACCCUUCCCUUCAGGAAUGAAAAGUUAAUCACUAGAUCGAAACAAGACCAGGAGGCAAUCAACCUUUUAAAUGCAAAGACCACAAGAUUGCACAUUGAUGGAGCUGAACGCUAUGCUACUCCUCUGUUAAAGACAGCUCCCCCUGAACUCAAAGCUCCAUAUGAAUCAGUAAUGCCCCUUCUCCGACGAUCGGAGCGAAAAAGUCAAUGGCCUGCCUGCCCUGCCCAUGCUAUAGACACAGCUACAGAGCAACAAAAACCCUUGUUUUGCGGCCUCACACAACCUGCUAAGCCCCUCAACCUGCCUGAUUCAAAUGGAUAUGCCACCUGGACAGACCUGGUAAAUGCAACAUGUAAAUCAAUGCAAGACUUACCCUGUCGCCAGAUUUCUGACCCCCAGGACUUACCAAGAACCAAGGCGGAAGAUGCAUUGAUUUCUCAAGCUCAGUCUGAGAGUUUCCCAGAAGGAAUCUUUAACUCCAAACCAAGCGGAUAUGCAUCAUCAGACAUAGCAGAUCCUGACCCCAUAACACCAAACCUCCUUCUCACGGGGCGGCGAGACCCUUCCCUUCCGCAGGCUGUUUAUGCAGAUACAAAUGGACCCCAGAGACUGACUUUUUGAUUUGUUGAAUUCAAAUGUACCCAUUUGAAGGGGCGGCUGUUAAAUCACAAGUCUCCACUCUACCUGACUGUUAAUUCACCAGGCCACACCUGAUUGCCUAAGCCACGCCCCCUACACUAUAAAAGCCUGCACCCAAGCCUUUGUUCCCCCUUUUCCCUCCAAACCUGCCAUGUGCCAGUGACUCCCUUUGUUGAAAUGUUUGUAUCAUGUUGUUUUGAACUAUUACCUGGAGUGGAUGCAUUAUUGAUGUAAGUAACGCCUUAUUUCUAUAUUAUCUUUAUCAGUGUUAUGCUACAUUGUUUAUUUAGAUAUUUAAUAUCUCCCUUUUUGUCCCUUUUUGUUUGAUAGUACAAAUCAUCCACAUCCGAACUCAGCUGAUCCUUCUGUUGAUAAUAAACCUUCGAAACCUG